AUGAAGGUCAAGACCCCUGGCCCUUCAUUGUUCCGUCCGCUAUGGCGGCGCGACUUCUCGUCGUCGGCCUCACGGCGAGCCAUCAACAAGAUCGCACCAAGCGCCCAGGAAGCUAUCAAAGACUUGGAAGGCUCGUCUAUGAUUCUUGUCGGCGGAUUCGGUUUCUCCGGCGUGCCCAGCUCGUUGAUUAAUGCUGUCCGCGAUCGUCCUGAGCUUAAGGACUUUACAGUCGUCUCCAACAACGCUGGCAUGCCUGGUGUGGGUUUGGGGCAACUUCUGGAAUCGCGACAGAUUAGCAAGAUGAUUGCGUCGUUCAUUGGCGAGAAUAAAGUUUUUGAGAAAAUGUACCUCGAGGGCGACCUUGCCCUUGAACUUACUCCGCAAGGCACAAUCGCGGAAAAAUGCGCUGCUGGUGCCGCUGGUGUCCCUGCUUUCUAUACCCCCGCUGCAUAUGGAACAAUCGUUCAAACCGGCGAAUUGCCCGUGCGCUACAACAAGGACGGCACAGUAGCCGAAAAGUCCAAGCCCAAGGAAACCCGCGAAUUCAAUGGCAAGAACUACGUCCUCGAGGAAUCAUACUUUGCCGAUUAUGCAUUCGUUCGCGUGGCCAAGGCUGACAAAUUUGGAAACUGCCAGUUCCGUAAAGCGCAGAACAACUUCAAUGAGGCAAUGGCAAAGAAUGCCAAGGUUACCUUUGUUGAAGCCGAUGAGAUUGUUGAAGUGGGCCAGCUCUCGCCUGAGGAAAUUCACUUGCAGGGUGUCUAUGUGAGCAAGGUUAUUAAAAGCACGGAGGAGAAGAAGAUUGAGAAACUCACGUUUGCUAAAGACCCUAAUGAUUUGCUGAAAGCUGGCUCCGGUGAUGCUGCUGCCAGACGCGAGCGUAUUGUCAAGCGCGCUGCCAAGGAAUUCGAGGACGGCAUGUAUGUCAACCUAGGAAUUGGCAUGCCUCUCGUCGCCCCGGCCUUUCUCCCAGAGGGCAUUGAAGUCAUCCUGCAGUCUGAAAACGGUAUUCUGGGACUCGGCGGCUACCCGCAACCCGGCGAGGAAGAUCCUGACUUGAUCAACCCUGGCAAGGAAACCGUGACUUUGGCUAACGGCGCAUCUGUCUUUGGUUCUCACGAAAGCUUCGGCAUGAUCCGCUCGGGUCGUAUCGAUCUUACCAUGCUGGGUGCUCUGCAAGUCAGCCAGUAUGGCGAUCUGGCAAACUUUAUGCUCCCCGGAAAAGUCAAGGGAAUCGGGGGUGCCAUGGAUCUCGUCGCAAACCCGAGCAAGACCAAGGUUGUAGUGACCAUGGAGCAUGUGGAUAAGAAGGGCAACCCAAAGAUUCUUCCUGCCUGCACAUUCCCUCUCACUGGGCCGCUCUGUGUCUGGAAGAUCAUCACUGAUCUCGCCGUGUUUGACGUCCACCCCACUGAGGGCCUCACACUGAAGGAAGUUGCUGAAGACGUAACUGUUGAGGAGAUCGCGAGUAAGACGGCAGCGCCGUUUAAGGUGGCUGCUCUUUUGAAGAGGUUUUAGUGAGGAUCUGGUCGAUGUACGGCGUUUGGAAUAUGAAUAUAGAACGGGUAAAAUAAAUGGAGUUUACAGGUAAUCGUAUGUUCGUGUAAGGGUAGCAUGCUAACAUGUAUUCGGAUAUCGGCAAAGGUACAUGUAAUUAGUAUUUCGAGUAG